CUUUUCUUCUUCAGUCACAGCUCCCUCUAACGCCAUGUUGGCUGUUAUGACUUGACUUGUUGUUUUCAUCUGCCUUACUACGGACUUGACAGGAGUGGCUUUCUUAAACCCCCCCUGCCUUUGGAGAGGUUUUAUUCCAUUUUAGCGCGUACGCGUUUUGGAUGAUACGCGCGGAGUAUGCAUGCGUCAUCCCCGCGACUUUGCAUUUGAAAGGAAUAUUACUUGGAAAUAGACGUUUGAAGGGCUUUGGUUUUUGUUUGUGUAUGUUUUUUCCCUUGUCAUAUGUGCAACAAAAUGUCAGAUGUUCGCCUUUCUAAUGCGAGCCCGACAGUGGAGAGGGUGGACGCCCGGCAGCCAGACAACAUCAGACUUCCGGUCCGCAGAAACCUUUUUGGGAGACGGGACCCUGAGGAGACACGGAGGGAUUUCGCGGCUUCGCUGCAGGAAGACGUGCAGGCUUUUAUGGAUGAGUACAAUUUCGAUCCCGUCGACGGAAGACCGCUCACUCCGCGCAACUACGAUUGGCAGGAGGACAGCAACGCACCGGAGUUUUACCUCCGGCAGCCUCACGGGAUCCAGCGGCCCCAGCGAGACGACGAUGUGCCCGGCGAGAAUACCUGGCAGGAUGGCGAGGGGAGCAGCGGAAGGCAGUCGGUUCGCCAACCAGGCAGGCACGGUUCGAGAAAAAGACGUUCAGGAGCUUCAGGUCCCUGCUCCAGCGAGUGUCAGAGUAAAAGGUCGCGUACAGACGGAGGUGAUGAUGGUGAUGAAGACGAGUCGGACGGUGCAGCAAGUCAGGCGCUAAAAGCCGCGGAGGAGAGACCGAGCAGGCCGGAGAACAGCGCGGAGGUCCAGUGAAAAACAGUGCCAGACCGAGGAGACCUGUUGCUGGUGGAAUACUGUAGCCUUUCUCAUCACCUGACAGAUGAGGGAGAAAAUAUAAAAGCGGCCUUUUCCUAAAGAAGGGAGGAGGAGAGGCUGCACAAGCACUGAAUAUGUACACUAUCAAGUUUUGGCACUCAUUUCAAUUAAAUAGCCUCAGAAGCAGCAGACAAUGUAGCAGUGUGCAAAUGGAUUUUUGCUCAUUUUAUUUUAUAUACUACCUAUAUUUCAGAUGUAGCACAUAAAAAAAAAGCAUAUUUUGCUUUUCAUAACUUUUGUUAAAUGUAUUUGAAUAAGUGUGAAUUCGACUCGGGGAGUUGCAGUGCAAUUUCCAACAGAGAAAUAUUAUUUUAGUUGUCAUAUUGUAUCAUUUUUCAGGUAAUUGAUGUAAGUUAAAAAUGCAGAUUUCUAAAAGUCAGGGUUUUAUGGAAACAAAAUGUCGUCUUUUUCUAUGGCUUUAUUUGUCCCAGUGUUAUAUAUCUUGUGUUUGAAGGCCCAGAUGGCCAAACUGUAAGUUGAGGGUCCAUCUAACUGGGAACAGCCAGGACAGAUAAAGUUUACAUGCAAAUAAUGUCUUCUUGUUUCCCAUUUUAAUAACAUCCUUUAAAAAAAAACCAACAACAACAACAACUCUUUUUUGCCAAAGUUUGUGCCUUUUGCUCUGGGGGGAGGGGUGGGAGGGGGAGGGUGGCUAAACUGCUGAGCAAUAUCCAACCAAAUUUUAACAGUAUUUGCUAAUAACCCUAAGAAUUAGCUGUUAUUUUUAAAUUAGGUGAGUUAAUAUUUUAGUGGUUUUUAGGUCACAUGUCCUGCCCCUUGUAAUAAGUGGCGUAGUCCAGGUUAACAGAUAAAAUAUGUUAAAAUCCCUGGGCUACUUAUGCAAAUAUGUGAAUCAAAGAUUUGUCUUUGUCGUGUGGAAUUCAUGUGGAACAUGUAAUUGCACUAUUGUUAAUUUCUCAUUUUUUAUGGCAGAAAAACAAAGUGACACUGCCUCAUUUGGUGUAAAACUUUGAAGUGUACCUGUGUGCCUUUUUAUUUUUAUUUUUUUGAAAAACACUGAAAAAAUUAUAGUAACUUAUUUAUGUUGAACUUUUUGUUGUGGGUGUAUGUAUAGCUUCCCAAAGUGAAAUUUUUUGUAAAUAUAUAUUUUCAUUAUUGUUUUUAAGAUAAAUAAACUGUUGCAAAACUGAGCCUAAUAAUCGA